GACUUGACCACUCAAUCUCAAUCACUCAGUGGGCCAAAAAAAUUCAGUGUCUUUGGGAGUUCCGCAACAACUUCCAUCGGAAGGAACGUGCUUUGGAAGGGAGAAAGCGAAAUCCAUUUUUGUGUUACGUGUUUCUGGGAAAAUGGAGGCCUCUGGUUCGAACGGCGCGUCGAGUCUCGCUGACGAUAUGGCGCUGAGGGGUUUGCUGGAGGUGUUUGGGGCUGCGUUUUCUCUCGAUCAAAUCACUUCUGCGUAUUGCAAGGCAGGGAAGAAUGCUGACGCCGCCGCCGAAGCCCUGGCUACCUCUGCACCCAAUGGCGGAGAAACUUCCGGAUUACCUGCCAAUAGUAUCUAUAAGAAGCCGCCUUAUCAAGAAAAUGGGAAUGGGAAUAGGAAUAGGAACGGGAAUGGGAAUCCCAGACCUUCAAAGCCGAAAUAUCGGCCGGUUUCGGUUGGUAGCGUUUCGAGCAUUAUUGGGAAGCAGUAUGUGAAGGAAACGGCGCCGGCGCCGGCAAAUGGGUCUAAUGAAGCAACCAAGCCCUUGAAGCUGGACUCCAGUGUGUUGCCAAUGUCGGAAAAUUGGGUCGAAAACGAUGAGUCGUGUUCCUCAAGGGAUGAACUGCUCCACCAGGGCAUGGAGGAUUUUCUGUUCAGUAUGCUUGGAGUUGGGUUCAAGCUAGAGAGGGAUCAGAUUCGGCAAGUUCUUGAUAGUUGCGGAUAUGAUAUGGAAAAGAGCAUGGAAAAACUGAUUAAUCUGCCAGCAUCAACUUCCGAGAAAAGGAACGAACUCAUCAGAAAAUCCAGUGAGAAGUCUGCAGAUUUGUCCCUGAAAUAUGAAGUAUCAUCCGACAGAAAAUCCAAAAACUCCACCGAAGGUAACAGAGAUAGGGCUUCAAAUACAAACGAAGCAGAAUCUACUGGACAGCAAAAGGAGAGAAAUGAUCUCGAGAAGGAUAUUCUGGCUUCUCUGUUUUGUGCUUCCGAGAGAGCCGAGGAGAGACUAGUGGAGAGACCAAGAAGAACAAUAAAGUCAGGGAGUGGAUAUGGAGCAUAUGGACAACUAGUUGCUGAACCUCCGGACGAUUUCAUUUCAGAGUACAAGUCGGCUGUUGUGUAUCAACAUCAUCAUGGCGAGGAAGAUGCAGAUGACGAAGAUAGCUACCAGGUUCUCCGUAGAUCUGUGAAGGAGUAUCGGAGUACGAUGAAGGACUAUUACCAGGCUGCUGUAGCCGCAUUUGCUAAGGAGGAUCAUGAUCGCGCUUACAAACUUCUAGAACAAGGACAUUUUUUCCUCAAAAAGGCGCGUGCAGCAGAGGAUGAGUCGAAUGAAGUGAUUCUUAAAACUAGAAAUGUUGAGACUCAAGGUGAAAUAGUGCUUGACUUGCAAGAACGCGGUGCCAAGGAGGCAAUACGUCUUUUGAAGUGUCAAAUUUCAUCAUUUUCUGGCAUCUCAUCAAUCAAGUACCUUAAGGUCAUAUGCGAUACAAAAGAGGAAGAUAUCUCAAAAGGAUCGCGAAGACGAUCAUUGGUUCUGAAGCUACUGGAGGAAGAAUCGAUUAAGUGGACCGAAGGAGAAAAUGCUGGAACAAUACUAGUCCAAUUAGCCAGUGUUAAUCGAAAGCAAUUAACAUUUCUCACAAAGAAAUGAAUUCAAGUGCUUUCUCGAAAUGGUGCUUAUGAGAUUGAGAUUUAGGGAUGAUCGACGACCAAAUCGUUGGAGGAGAAAGUAACGAAAUUUUGCGAAAUGUGAUUAAGAUUUUGAAAGGAGUUGGAACUGAUGAUGUAUACUUUCUUUUGAGUGGUGAAAAUCUCCCACUACCAAAGAAAAAAAGAAGAGGCAUUUGCUAUGUAUUGGCUUGGGACUAAACUUUAAUUUCAUCUUUUGUUUGAAAUCUUGGAUUGAAUGUUUCAGAUUUACUCACACGAGUAACGUUCUCUUGUUA